AUGGGGUUGAAGCCAAGACAAGGCACACUGUCAUCUGAAACUAUGACAGCGUUACAUCAUACUCUGGCCGCAUUUCUCCAGCUAUGCCAAUAUUUGUUGGAGAAGAAAAACUUCCACUACGUCUUGCUGGGAAAAUUUCAAACCGACAACCUGGAAUUUCGGUUUAGCCAGUACCGGCAGAUGAGUGGAAGUAACUACCUUGUGUUUCGGAGGUUCAGCUCAGGGCUAGCGACCCAGACUGGUAAAAAAGCAUAUGUUACGGAAACAGCAACAAAGAGAAACCAUAUUUCUGUGUGUGAUGGACCUUCAGAGUCGCUUGUGACUCGUAUGAAUGCUGGCAAUGAAAGCCGCCAGGAAGCUGUUUGUAGGAAGAUGGAGGACCUGAACACCGCAAAGACAAAAGUUAUCAUAGGACAGUGGAAUGUAAGGACAAUGUACGAAGCUGGUAAGUUGGCUCAAGUAACGGCAGAGAUGAGGAGAUAUGGAUUGCACGUUCUGGGCAUAAGUGAAAGUCAGUGGACAGGAUCCGGCAGGCUGAGAACAGCAACUGGAGAAACCCUGAUCUAUUCCGGCAGAGAAGACAACCGACAUAGGGAAGGUGGAGCUGUCAUCCUAAUAAGGGACUUGAGAAAUGCCUCAUGGAGUGGAAACCGAUCAACAGCAGAAUGA